GGUAGAUUUCUUGGCCAUCGUAAGUGAUUUCUUGAAUUUGAUUCUCGAUCGGUGCUUCUACAGAGAUAUUCACUGAAUACGCCAUUAUUGUUUUCUUAAAGUACAAUUGCCACUAUGAGGAAUGAAUGACUGCAUAUGUCAGAAAACGUAAGUUUUGCCGGGAUUUUGAUCCUUCCACCUGCAAGAACAGUAAAUAUUCAGGUGUGAAGGAGGAAUUAUAAGAAAUUUUUAAUACGAUUAUAAUUGUUAUAUCAUUAUGUCUAAAGUGAAUACAUUGUACAAUUAUUUUAUUUCGCCUAAAACUCCUAAACAAUCGAAUAAUAAGAAACCUGAUGAAAAACCUAGUACGCCGAAAAGACCAAGAGAACAAUGGAACAAAGCAAGGAUUUCCAGCAGAGGGAAAGAAAAUAUAGAUGUCAAAGAUAAAAAAAAUGUCUCUAAAGAUGAUGAUGACAAAGAAGAGGAAACAGAAGAAAAGGAACCAGUACAGCCAAAAAAGCGAAGAUUGAUUAUCCCUGAUGAAGAGUCUGGAGAAGAUUCUGGUGAUGAAUUUAAGCCUGAUCCAGAAGAUGAAUCAGAAGAUUCUGAUUCAGUAUCUGAAGAAGUUAGUGAAAGUGAGCCACUAACAGCAAGUGAAGAGGAAUCUCCAGAGAAGAAAAUAAAAUUGGCUAAAGCUCCUAGAAGAAAACAGGAAAUAAGUACAAUGAAAAAUACCAAAGAUGCUAAAAAAGAAUCAAAACCACAGCAACAAAAUCAAACCAAAGGUUCGGACAAUGUUACAGAAUCUUGGCCACACUUAAAGUAUGAUUUCCUUCAACCAAAUAAAAUACGAGAUAUUCGUAGAAAACUACCAAGUGAUCCAGAUUAUGAUCCUAAAACUCUUUAUGUUCCUCAGGAUUUCUUGAAUCAACAAACUCCAGCUAUGAGACAAUGGUGGGAAUUAAAAAGCAAACAUUUCGAUUGCGUUCUUUUCUUUAAAGUAGGAAAGUUUUACGAAUUGUAUCACAUGGAUGCUGUAAUUAGUGUUAAUGAAAUCAAUCUUACAUAUAUGAGAGGAGAAUUUGCGCAUUCGGGAUUUCCAGAAAUUGGAUAUGGUCGUUUCUCAGCAAGUCUCAUAGAAAGAGGCUACAAAGUGGCCAGGGUAGAACAAACAGAAAAUCCAGACAUGAUGGCACAACGUUGUAGCAAAAUGACUAGGCCAACAAAGUUCGACAAAGUAGUUAAACGAGAAAUUUGUCAAAUAAGCAGUAAAGGUACAAGAGUAUACACUCCACAGGAUGUAGAAGCAUCUACGGCAAAUUCCAAUUAUUUGUUAUCACUAGUUGAAAAAUGUCCAUCUGGUUCAAACACAUCUCAUUAUGGAGUGUGUUUCUUAGAUACUACAAUAGGAGACUUCUAUCUCGGUCAAUUCGAAGACGAUCGGUGCAAUUCUAGAAUACUAACUUUGCUCGCUCAUUAUCCGCCGGUUCAUGUGGUUUAUGAACGAGGUAAUUUGUCUCAAAAGACCCUAAAAAUCUUAAACAACACUUUAGCAGCGUGUAUUAAAGAAUCACUUUUACGCGAAUCUCAAUUUUGGUCAUCUUCGACUACGUUAAAAAAUCUUCAUGAAGGAGAAUACUUCAAAACUUCAGACUCUCAGUUUCAAUGGCCUGCAGGCUUACAACCAUAUCUUAAUCAAAAUGAUACUUUAGGUUUAACUUCUGCUGAUGAUAAAGAGUUAGCGGUGCAUGCCUUAGGUGGAUGUGUAUACUUACUCAAAGAAUAUCUGCUUGAACAGCAAUUAUUGGCACAAGGAUGUUUUAAAACGUAUACUCCGCCAGAUUUUUCAAAUGAGAAAUCUGUGGCUUCAAACUUUGCGAAUAAUAUGGUUUUAGAUGCUAUUACGAUUAAUAAUUUGAGAAUAUUCGGCGAAGGUUCUCUCAUGAAAACACUGGAUCGUUGCUGUACUGCAUUUGGGAAGAGGUUAUUACGAGAAUGGAUUUGCAGACCAUCCUGUCGCAAAAACGUUAUAAUCGAACGUCAACAAGCUAUACAAGAAUUAAUGGAUAAUACAGAGGUGAUGCAAAAUGCUCGUAGUAUAUUAUCAGGACUCCCUGAUCUUGAAAGAUUAUUAAGCAAGAUCCAUGCACAAGGAAAUGCGGCGAAAAUGAAUAAUCAUCCAGACGGCAGGGCGAUUAUGUUCGAGGGUCAAACGUAUUCAAAGAAAAAGAUUGCAGAUUUUAUUGUUACUCUGAGUGCGUUCGAGGAUGUUCUAAAAAUUGUUGCUUUGUUCGAAGAUUUCAAGAGUACUAUAGUAAGUCAAUGUACUAAAAUAGAGCCGGAUGGUGAGUUUCCUUCAUUAAGAGAAUCAUUAGAUUAUUUCAAGACCGCAUUCGAUCACGAAGAAGCCAAAAAAGUAGGCUGUAUUGUUCCGAAGAGAGGAGUCGAUAGUGAGUACGACUCUGUUUUAAUAGAAUUGGAUGAUGUAAAGGCAGAUGCCCAAGAGUACCUUGAAAAGCAAAAAAAGCACUUCGGCGUGAAAGUCACGUUUCAUGGAUCGGAUAAGAAACGUUAUCAAAUCGAGAUUCCGGAUUCUCAAAUAAAGAAAAUUGGUGCCGGGUAUGAGCUUCAAUCACAAAGAAAAGGAUACAAACGCUAUUACACUGCCGAGACUAAGGAACUUUUGAGUCGACAAAUAAACGCCGAAGAACACAGGGAUAAAGUACUAAAGGAUUUAAACAGAAGAAUAUUUGCAAAAUUUAGCGAGAAGUAUGAUAUGUGGAAUAUGGCGGUUUAUAAGUUGUCCGUCUUGGAUGUUCUUAUCUCUUUGGCGGAAUACGCUCUCAGCGGAGAUAUGUGUAUACCAGAAGUUAACGAUGGUGCAGACAAAAGGGUAUUUAUCGAUAUUCGAGACGGAUGGCAUCCAUGUAUUAUCUCCGAUACAUUUAUACCAAAUAACACUUUACUAGGAACUGAAAAUUCCGCUUCUUUUAUGAUUCUUACUGGACCGAAUAUGGGUGGUAAAUCAACAUUGAUGCGUCAGGUCGCCCUUCUUACUAUAAUGACGCAAAUUGGAAGUUACGUCCCUGCAAGUUCCUGUCGUUUGACAUUAGUGGAUCGUAUUUUCACAAGGCUCGGCGCAAAUGAUGAUAUUCUAGCUGGUCAGAGUACGUUCUUGGUAGAGUUGAGCGAAACUGCUGCGAUAUUGCAGCACGCUACGCCAUAUUCACUAGUGUUGCUUGAUGAAUUGGGUCGUGGUACGUCGACGUAUGACGGCACGGCAAUAGCCGCUUCAGUUGUGAAUGCACUUACAAAAUUGAAUUGCCGUACUCUAUUUUCGACACAUUAUCAUUCUUUGGUAGAAGAUUACAAGAACACAAAGGAAAUUACAUUGGCCCAUAUGGCAUGUAUGGUAGAAAAUGAGGAACAGGAUGAAGUGUCUCAGGAAACAGUAACAUUUUUGUACAAACUUAGCGAGGGAGCUUGUCCGAAAUCAUACGGUUUUAAUGCUGCUCGAUUAGCUGGCGUUCCAUCUGUAAUUACAAACAGAGCGCAUGAGAUCUCAAAGAAACUCGAACAAGAGACAAAUUAUAAACAUCUCUUCACCAGCCUAUGUAAGGCGAACGGAACAGCCAUAAGAGAUCUGAUCGCUGCAAUGUGAAACUAAACCAAUCAAUAUCGAAUAAUUACUGACAUGUUUAGUUUGUAAUUUCAGUUCCGCCAAGAUAUUACAUAUUCUUUUACAUUUUAUAUAUUUAUUAUCUUUUGUUAUAGAUUGUCAUUACUAUUUAAUAUUACUGUGUAUUUUAUAAUAAAAUUACUUGAAACGCUACCUCAUGGUGUUAGUUCCACGUUGGGAAUGGGAGAUAAAAAAUAAUAAUAAAUAAAAGAGAUAACAAUUGUUGCUUACAAAAUUUUAUUAAUUAAUGCCAGAGUACAAAAAGGCUACUUAUGAGUCGAGAAUACGAUGCAAUACAAACAAUUUUUUACUCACACCAAAACGAUGAAGAAACGUCAUUUCUUCUCUCUUUUUUUUAUUUUUUAUUUCGAGCGUAAGAAAAAUCGUGUGCACGAGAGUCUUACCGUGAAAUAAUAAAUACAAUUCCUUAUGCGUUAUCGUGAAACAAGGAAGAAGCAGGUAGUGAACGACUAUAAAAA